AUGACUAUCCCCGAUACGUCCCAAGCGUCCAACGUAGCGAAAACUGGUGCAAAUGAGUCAACAAUUCGUCCAUUCCCUCCAUUGCCCCAGGGACCCUACAAGACUGACCCGUCCCAACGGGAAAUGCUGAGCAUAGAUCUUCUGGAUGAUCUAGAGCCUCAUUGCAUGGGACUCGGUUCCCCAUACCUUCUACCAGUUGCUUGGGGUGCUGUUUUAGCUCGUUACAAGGAUAGCGAGGAGGUCAUUUUUGGUCUUGCUUACCGUGGUCGAAAAACGGCCAUGGACUGUCAAGCCAUUCUUCCAUUUCGUCUGAGAAUAUCUCCUAACGAGACCUUGGGCGAUGCAAUUACGGCUGCAGCGCAUUAUGAUGAUCGGAUGCGGAAAUACGAGUAUAUGGGUCUGGAAAAGUUCAGCGUGUUGAACCCAGGCAACAUCGUGCUCUCCAAUUUCCGCAGUUUACUGGUCAUCGGCGACAAUCUUCGAGACUUACGUGCGGAGGUUGUUGAGGAGCAGUACCCGCUCAGCUUGUAUGCGCGUGGCGCCACUGUCCAGGCGUGUUUUGAUCCCUUGGUUCUCUCCUCACAUGUGCUUCGCACGUUGCUCAUCCAAGUGGCUGAUUUUGUGCAAGCGUCAAUUGACAACGUCAAUUCGACUAUUUCGGAUCUUCAAACAGUAGGCAGAAAAGGAUUAGCCCAGAUGCAGCAUUGGCAUGUCUCUCGCAACAGGGCAGGAACGGCUGACGACGACGAUGUGCGUGUCCAUCAACUUAUCAAUGUACAAAUGCUGGGACGUCCAUCUUCACUUGCGGUGUCUGCCUGGGAUGGAAGCUUGACCUACGCCGAGCUCAAUCAAUGGGCAUCCUGCAUGUCGCGCCGUAUUGUUUUUGACAAAGUCGGCGUUCAACCGGGCCAAUUCAUUGGCCUCAUGAUUCCUAAAUCAGUGACGACUGUGGUAGCUAUGCUGAGUGUGAUCAAAGCCGGAGCUGCCUUUGUCUUUUUGACUCCAUCAUUGCCCGUUGAGAGGCUGCGAACCAUGUGUCGAAUCGCUGGAGUGCAUCGCAUACUCACGAUUUCUGGUCACCAGGAUAAAGCUGCUGAGCUAGGCGUCCCUGUCACCCAAGUUGAUGUACAACCAGCUUCAACAGAGGAAGGAGAGCCAUUUGAGAGCGAUAUCCAGUCCGGCCCUCUAUAUGCAGUCUUUACAUCUGGAUCAACGGGCGAACCUAAAGGCGUCCAAAUAAAUCGAGAAUCAUUCGGGCCUGGGGUCGCUGAAUUUUGUGCAAAGACAAAACUUGGACCGAACUCACGGAUAUUCCAGUCAGUCUCGUACGCAUUUGUGGUCAGCAUCCUCGAGCAACUUAUUGGACUGGCCACUGGUGCUUGUAUCUGCAUUCCGUCGGAGGAACAGCUGCAGAAUGAUAUGGAAGCCACCCUGGCUCAAUGCAAAGCUAAUUGGGUCACCAUGACCCCGACGGUGGCGCGGACCCUCAUACCCAGCGAGUUUCCUGUGUUGGAGAGUUUGAUCCUCGCUGGUGAGCCGAUCUCUGUCGCGGAUGUCAAGCAAUGGGAAGACUUCACAACACUUUACAGCAUGUACGGUCAGUCCGAGACAGCUAGCACUUUGCUUCUACGUCAAGUACAUGGCUCAGUCUAUGAGGCCGAUAACCUUGGCGCCCUUACGACCGGUAAAUGCUGGGUAGUGGACCCGACGGACCAUCAGCGACUGUGUCCCGUCGGAAUUGAGGGCGAGUUGCUUCUUGAAAGCACCGCAUUGGGGGUGUGCUAUCUUGGAAAUCAUGAGCAGACUGCAGCAACAUUCGUGAAGCGGCCUGUUUGGAGCCUUGAAUCGGACCAUGGCGAUCAGCCUAGGCGACGAUGGUUGUUGACGGGAGACCUUGUCAAAUAUAAUUCAUUGGAUGGGUCAAUCCAGUUGGUUGGUCGCAAGGGAACACAAACCAAGAUCAGAGGCCAACGGGUCGAACUUGGUGAGGUCGAAAGCUGUCUUCGGAUUUCUUACCCGUCUGCUCAAAUCGUCGCCGAGGUUGUAACGCUCGCAGCUGCUGAAGGUGAGAGUGAACAAUCUGCUCCAAUCUUGAUUGCAUUCACGUGUUCGGAGUUACAGCCGCCGGCUACAGCCUUUGGACUCGAGAUAGAAUCAACAGCUGAAUCCAGCGCCCACAAUCGCAAAGCUUUGGCUGAGCUCCGACAAUUGUUACCACCAUAUAUGAUUCCUAGUGCAAUUGUGAACUUGCGGCACUUGCCACGCACAGCCUCUGGGAAGAUCAAUCGAAGGGCCCUACGUGACUGGGCCGCAGAGCGAGCGGUAGAUGAGAUUCUCUGCAUUGAUGAGGAGCGUGUAGCAUUUCGGCCAGCCGACACACACGAAGAGCGUGUGCUACAGUCGGUCUGCGAGAAGGUACUCCAUCUGCCUUCUUCCAAGGUGGGACUUGACGACAAUUUCUUCCAUAUUGGAGGCGAUUCUCUCACGGCACGACAGCUGGUUUCGGCGUCCCGUUUGCAUGGUUUCCAUAUCACGGUAUCUGAUGUGUUUGACCAACCAACUUUGGCAGCAUUGGCGAGAUGUUACAUCAAAUGUGAUUCUAGAUCGGAGACUGCAAACGAAGAUGAGAAUCCCUUUGAGAGUAUAAAAAGAGAAUUGCUCCAGGUAUUGCCGGCAGAGCUUGAUGCAAAGAAUGUGGAGGACGCAUUUCCUACUUUGGAGAUGCAGUCACACCUGGUGGAAUAUGGCGUCCUCGAUUACUUCCCCAUGGAGAUCCAUGGUGUUGUGAAUGCCCAUCAACUUCGACAUGCGUGUCAGGUAUUGAUGGACAUCCAGCCAGCUUUGCGGUCGAUCUUCAUUACUUUCAAAAGUCAAAUAAUGCAGGUAGUCUUGCGCCAGGCUGAUAUUUCCUGGGCGGAAUAUACUGCUCCUUCUGAUACGGAUCUGAUGGAAUGGACGCGCUCUUGGGUAAUGCAGGAUCGAGAACGAGCACCACCAAUGACUCAACUUACAGUUAAUUUCACGCUGAUUUACAACGAGUCCGGCAAAUCCGCAUUCGUCAUCCGUCUUUCACAUGCCCAAUACGACGGUGUUUGUUUGAAACCCUUGUUUCAGCAGCUUGAGGCGAUCUAUGCAGAUCCGGGACGCUCCUCACAGCGGCGCCCAGAAGCAGAUUGCACCAGCUACCGGCGAAUCUGCGCACGUCUACGGACACCCCAAGCCCUUGACUAUUGGAAAUCCAUUUUGGCGGGGAGCGAAGUGACUAGAUUCCCACGAUUGUGCGUUGGCGAGGUGGUCCCAGCUAUCUACUCGGGGGAAUGCGCACCUGCGCCUCCGCCAGCGGGAAUCACGAUGGCGACGGCCAUUAAGGCAGCCUGGGCUUACGUCCUUGCGCGAGAGACUGGGAAAACCGAUGUGCUAUUUGGGCAGGUCACAAAUUGCCGGGGCAUCCAGCCAGGAGCAGGACAGGAGAUUAUCGGCAUGUGUCUGAACACGACGCCUGUUCGAGUUCAAGUCGAACCAACUAUCCGAGUUAGUGAUCUUCUCGCGAUGAUCCAGCAACAACACGUCAAAUCACUUGAGCACGAAACCAUUGAUUGGUUUGACAUGGUGGCACAAAGCACCUCUUGGCCGGCUGAUACUGAUCUUGAUACCGUCGUACUGCAUGAGAACUUUCCCAGUUUGCCUGAGAUUUCCCUUGGAAAUGCUACAGCACAAAUUAAUGAGCCCAUCUUCAAGCCUGUCCUUGUGCGGUUCUUGGCUUCUCCUGAUGAGGUGGUCGGUCCUGUCUGUUGA